GUCGUCGUCACGAUUCCUUUUCUGUUAUCUCGUGGGGUUAAAGGCAGUUGGUUGAAGGCGAUCCCUACUGAAAUUUGUCUAGAAUUCUGUGUCCGUCUUCUUGAUCACUUGUGAAAUAGACGUGACAUACUAUAUUUACGUGUCUAGAAGUGUCCGUCUUAUUUACCAUAAUGUCUGUCGCAGAAUUCCUCAAUGGUCUGCCGUCCUAUAAUGAAAGCAACUUCACACGCUUCCAUUCGGAUAAUGGAAGUCGGACCAGUGUAAAGCGACCUUCUGUAUAUUUACCCACUAAAGAAUAUCCUUCUGAGCAGAUUAUUGUAACUGAAAAGACAAACAUUCUUCUGAGGUACCUUCAUCAGCAAUGGGAUAAAAAGAGCCUGCAAAAGAAACGAGAUGGAGCUGAGGGGUCUGAUGAUUUUACAUGCCCAUCUCGCAAGCGACCCCGUAUGGAAACAGGAUCAACGUCAUCGGCACCAUGAUCUGAGGUGAACGACAAUUGGGACUCUUGCGCUUUCAUCUCAUCCCCUUGCUGGCCCAGCUGUCCCUGUCUGCUUGCUUGAGCAUUAUGUCUGAAUUGUCAAACCUGUGUGAAAUCCAUUUCGGAAUGGGACUUCAUUGAUCAAUUUUGACUUGUGUGCAACGUAUACUUCGUCAAGGUUUCUCAUUCAGAACAUCUGCAAAGUAAAAAUUAUCUCAGGACCUAUUUAAAUUAGAAAUUUAUCUGUUUUAGAAACUUUUGAUUCUGUUCCAAAUUUUUCUGUCAUUAGUUGAUACCAAUAGAAGAAUGUAAAUUAUAUUGUAAACUUUUGUGUAUAUAUUUGUAUAUCUAUGUAUAUCUUGAGUUCUCUAUGAACCUAUUCAACGUUGUCUUCUUACAUCCUCAUGGCUGAUUCUUAAAUGGAGACUGAGGUGUUGUCCCAGUUCUCCCUGUCCUGCUCAUACAAGAAAAACAAAAAGUUCAGAAGUGGCCUUUUUUGUCUCUUUUUCCACAUACAAUGUGUACUUUUUAGAAAAUGGUGGUUUGCGGUAUAUUUUGAAGGAAUAGACCUCUCUCCCCAGAAUGUGACAACAGUGCAUGUCUGGGAUUCAAAAGUUUAAUGCAUGUGUGUUGUUUUUAAAAUGGAGAACACUUGUACUGAGUGCAUUGUAAAUUUCUGAAAGAUUUAAGGGGGAAUGAGUAAUUGUAAGUACAGUCAUUUGAAAUACUAAGUAUCUCAAAUCUUUAAACCAAACCGCACAGUUGCCACUUUGCGGGCACAGAGAUCUUUAUAAUUUAAAGUAGCAACUCUGCUUGAAAAUUGACCCUAAGCAAAGAAUUUAUUUUCCCUUUCGGUAAUUUUUGUUCUUCUAUUAUGUAUGGAACAAGUAUCCCAUUGUGUACCUACCUGAAAUUUUAGACUAGCUGUUCCAUUAUCUGGUGCUCCAUCCUAUUUGGCACAUGACAUAAGAGGCAAGUUACUGAUGAGAAUUGCUCUUUGGAGGACAGGUAUUGUCCUUCGCCCCCCUGCUGUGAUUUGUUUUUUCAUAAAUCAAUUUGGCAUUGGCAAACAAAGCAUCUUGGUUUUAAUCUUGUGUUUCCUGACUUUUGUCAGGUACUUGUUUAAUAACAUUACAAUAAUAGUUAAUGUGGUUUCCUCACUGAUUCCAUGUAAUAUUCGGCCUAUCAGUAUUUUUUAUCCAAGACUACAUUAUGUUUCUAAGUUCAACUGGAUUCCAUACCACAAAACAUCUGUUCUCUCUAUUCUUCUGAACUCUAACUACUUGCUAUAAUAAAAUGUUGAGUGCGGCGUGAUCUACACCGUGGGUCCCAAUAACAUGGGAUUGCCUAUCCCCGCCGCAAUCAACCUGUUAACUGUCUUGCAAUCCCAUAAUAUCAAGGUUCUAUGAAGAUAUAGCGAUAUGCAGACCGUCAGCAUCAACAAAAGAAGAUCUACAGAACUGCGAUUGGCACCUUUGUGCACAGAUGGCCAAUCACAGUUCCGUAGAUCUUCUUCUGUUGAUGCUGACGCUGACAUGCUGCCCUGCUGAUUGUCAGCAGAUUGCCUUAAUUUGAUACAACCCAAUUGUUCAGUUUUACUUCUUUCAAAACAAUACUUUUAAAUGUCUUGUGUAACAUUUAAAUUAUCCUAAUGUUCUUCUGUUUGGUUUCUGCUCUCUACUAUAAACUGGUUUAUAAUUCUUCCCAUUUUUUAAAUUGAGAUACAAUGUUUGAAACUAGGCAAACACAUUGUCUCUGUAAAUUAAGGAAAUACUGUUCAAAUGCAUUUAAUAUUUGUUGUGUGUACAAAGUUAAUUGCCAAUCAGACCAUGGCAUUCAUAAGGUAUGAACAGGUUGGCAAAUAUUUUUGUACACUUUUCUAUUUUGCGAGUGUUGUGUUAAUUUAUAAAUUGUCUCCAAAGUGUGGUGUGUGCUUUUUCUGUGUGAUGUGUAAAAUGUUGGGUUGGUGUAGAAAUUUAGUUGACUUACAUUAAGUGAACUAUUGAUAACAGUUUUAUUCUCUGGUUGAUCUUUGGUUUUGGAUGGUUUGCCCAAUAUUGUUGAGGUCUUUUAGAAUAUUUGAUCAGUUAUCUGAUAAUCUUACUUUGUGAAACUGUUCUGUCCAUCAAUUGAGUGCAAAUUCCUUGGGUCCUGUAGUAAAUCAUAGUGGUGAAACCCAUCAAAGGCUAAUGUUCAAUCCAAAAAUAUCCUACAAAUUGAGUUUUGUUUCAAAACACUUGUGAAUAAUUUAUUUUUAAAUAUUUUUAGUCUUGACUUUUGUACGAGUGACCUGCUCUGAAUUCCAGAUUUUCGUUUCUGGUUUUAGUGAAAACAUACCUGUCUAAUUUGGUUUAACUCCAUGUUCAUGCUGUGAUUAAAAUUUUAUUGAUUGCACAAUGACUUAUCAGCACUUUUCCUGUGGUGAGGAACUCUACCACUAGCUUAAAAGAAUAUUUGUUGGUUAAGUUGUGUGAAUCAAUGUGUUUCUUGGAGACACUAUGAAUAAAGUCCCACUGUUGAGAAAAUAAA